AUGGUCCCCGAGUCUCCUAAGCGAGACGGUGAUUCGACCCAGUUCCUGCGCGCCCGGAAAAGAGCCAAGUACACCCAAGUCGCCUGGUCCGUUCUGUUUGCCUCCCGAUCCGCCGCCGUGCCAACCGCUAAUAGUGGCCCUAGCAAUGAAUGCAAGCGACGGAAAUUGAAAUGCAGCGGCGGAACCGUUUGCGCACGAUGUGCCCGCGACCAAGUUUCUUGUGUCUAUGCAACCACGCAGCGCACCCCGGGGACACCCAUGGAGCCCGAGGUUAAGGAUGAAAGCGUGAGUACAAGAUUUGAAGCAGUCGAUCACAACCUGGCAACGCUGCAGCGCGAGGUGCGGAACCUUUCCGCGCGCCUGCUGUCGCUGGAAUCAACAAGCCCUGGAGCGUCUUCACGACCACCAGCGGCACCGGCUGCGAGUCUGCAUCGCAUUCUAAAUCCACCCAAAUCCCCAUCAUAUGUCGGGCCCACCAGCGCAGAGUUCGGCUUGAGUCGGCCACAUCGAUCUCACCCCCAUGAAGAUGACCCAGCUGACGAUGAGGGUCCGGACGAGGACAUCGGCUUGUCAACUGCCAUCCAGAGCCCUGCACCUUCUGAGAAUGAGGAUGCCUUGGCUACAGGUGACCCGCUCGACAUCCUGGGAUUGGAAGAAACCCUAAGGCUUGUUCGGGUCUAUGAAGAUACCGUUGGUGUGAUGUAUCCAUGUGUUGAUUUAAGCAGCGUGCGAGCCUACGUGCGCGACUACUUUCGUUUCCACCAUCCAGAGACCUCGAACUCGCACUCGUCAAAAACGACUGCAGAUCGAGACUGGUUUUCUGCCCGUGAUAUCCAAGUGUUGAAGAUCCUUCUGGCUACUGCGCUGCUGGCCGAAUCUCAUGGCCGCAGCGAGCGUGCCGCUCAACUGGCAGACAGCGUCGAAGACCGGUUUGCCAGCCGUUUGAAGAUUUCCGAGGUGGACAUGAAAGAGAUCUUGAUUCUGACAUUACUCGCGAUCUUCCACGCUUACAGAGACGACGAAGUGAUUGCAUGGCGAUUGACUGGAAUGGCUGCUCGAGGCAGCAUGGAGCUGGGUCUUCACUGCCAGGAAACUUGGCAAAAGACAGAUGGCGUCUUUCCGGGAGAGCUGGAGAAGACAUGGGCCAGCCGACUGUUCUGGUGCAUCUAUGUGCUAGACCGAAAGUGGUCGUUUGGGACCGGAUUGCCGUUUGCCAUCCAGGACUCGGACAUGGACACCGAUCUCCCGGAGCCCGGAAGCUCUACCCCGUAUCUGACCUGCAUGAUCUCCUACGCGCGUCUGAGUACCAAGAUCUGGGGACUAGUAACCGGGUGGCAGAGCCGCUCACGCGAGGCCACAUCGGACGGAUGCGCCUAUCUCGAUGCACAGGUUCAGCAAUGGAUUCGGUCUAUCCCACAUGAACUGCGCUUCGAUCCAACCUGGCGCUCUCCUGUGGGAUCAGAGCACACUGAUCGAACUAUGAUGUUGCAGGUACUGCUGGCCCUGCAGGCUAACCAACUUCGCAUUCUCGUCUAUCGUCAGAAUCUCCUUAGCAGCGAACGAAUCGCAGAAGAUAUGGCCGGAGCCACUACGGCUGUGGAGACCGCAAAAAGUACCGUGCAAAUGCUUGAUUGUUUUAGCCGCGUCUCCAAUGUCUACUUCCAACGACCUGAGCCGUUCAACUACUUCUUGAUAUCGGCUCUCGCCGCUUUGUUCCUUGCGGUUCUACAUGCACCGGCUCGCUUCAGCCAUGUCUGCCGACCGGAGUUUUACACGGCUGUGGAUAUGGUGCGGCGCUCAGCAACCCGUGCCCGAACAUCUCGUCGUCUCCAGAAGAUUAUUCGCAGUUUAAAGCGAAUCCAGCUGAACGUACACGGGGAUAAUAUGUCCGGUCGUCGGCAUUCCGGCCAUGACGCGGGGGCAUCCAGUGCCAAACCCAUCCCCCACCCCGACUCCCAUUUGACUUCGCGUCCUAACACAACCCCAACUGCUUGGGAGUCUACCCCAGUCUCGGCUUCCACACAAUCCCCCAGUGCGCAGUGCACACCUACUCUGUACCAGACAAACAGCUUCCCUACACCGCAGCCCCCUGGUGGCUUUUGGCCAAUGUCCCCCGGCACGGUGGGAGAUGCAGAGACGAAUGGGUGUGAAGAUCUCAGCAGCUUCUUUGAAAUCGCUGGCGGACUAUAUUUCGAUCCAGGCGGCGGUACGGAUUUGUUGGAUGUGGGAAUGUCCCAUCCCAAUGACUCAAGGCUGCCCAAUGCGCUGGACGCAUUUCAUGCCGAGGAUGAGGCAUUGACACGGGUUAUGGCUGGCCUAUUGUGA